UUUUCUCUGUUAUAAAUGAAUGUCAAUAAACAUAUUUAUUUUCAUAUUUGUUCCAUUUGAUAGCCUAUAGCCUACAUACCUAACUGUUGCGUCAUUCUGUUACAGGCACUUAUAUGUUUCACAGUUACGUUUGAAGAAACAAAAGUGCUUGUUUGCCCAUCAAUUACUCGGUAAACUGUAUUCAAAAUAUUGCCCUGCGCGUCGGACUGCUGAAAUUCUGGGGCGCGUGGUCCAGGUUUGCAUGUGACGUCAGGCCCCCGUGACGUCAGGGCCCGUGUCUGUGUUGCUCUUCCCACAGUCUCCAGAAGUUAUUAGUCAGCUCGGGACGAAGCAGUUUCCCCAUUCCAUUUCCUCCUCUAUAGCCUUCUGCCUUAACCCUCCUGUAUGGUGGAUAUUCUACCCCAUCCUUCUUUCUUGGGUGAUAUGGGGGAUCAUUCAAAAAAGAAGUCUGGAAUCGCCAUGUGUGUCGGCUGUGGGAGUCAGAUCCACGAUCAGUACAUACUGCGGGUGUCCCCGGACCUGGAGUGGCACGCAGCCUGCCUGAAGUGCGCAGAAUGCAGUCAGUACCUGGAUGAGACGUGCACUUGUUUCGUCAGGGAUGGCAAGACUUAUUGCAAGAGAGAUUACGUACGGCUAUUCGGGAUCAAAUGCGCCAAAUGUAACAUUGGUUUCUGCAGCAGUGACCUGGUGAUGAGGGCUCGGGAUAAUGUCUAUCACAUGGAGUGCUUCAGAUGCUCGGUGUGCAGUCGACAUCUGCUGCCGGGAGAUGAGUUCUCACUGCGGGAUGAGGAGCUGCUCUGCCGGGCGGAUCACGGGCUGCUGAUGGAGCGCGCUUCAGCCGGGAGUCCCAUCAGUCCUGGAAACAUUCACGCCAACGGCAGGCCCCUGCACAUUCCAGAACCCGUGCCAGUUCGACAGCCGCCUCAUCGGAACCACGUCCACAAGCAGUCUGAGAAGACCACGCGUGUUCGGACAGUAUUAAACGAAAAGCAACUGCACACUCUGCGGACUUGUUAUAACGCGAACCCGCGGCCGGACGCGUUAAUGAAAGAGCAGCUCGUGGAAAUGACCGGCCUGAGUCCACGCGUCAUACGAGUGUGGUUUCAAAACAAGCGCUGCAAGGACAAGAAGAGGUCCAUACUUAUGAAACAACUACAGCAACAACAACACAGCGAUAAAACGAAUCUUCAAGGUCUCACGGGAACGCCUCUGGUGGCAGGCAGCCCGAUUAGACAUGACACCACAGUCCAGGGAAAUCCUGUAGAGGUUCAAACCUAUCAGCCUCCCUGGAAAGCCUUAAGCGAGUUUGCCUUACAGAGUGACCUGGACCAGCCCGCUUUCCAACAGCUGGUUUCAUUUUCCGAAUCGGGUUCCUUGGGUAACUCGUCAGGUAGUGAUGUGACCUCUUUGUCAUCACAGUUACCCGACACCCCCAACAGCAUGGUGCCCAGUCCCGUGGAGACGUGAGAGCCUACCGGAGAGUCCUGCCCCAGCAUGCCCUCACCCGCCCUGCAUGAGAACCCUUCACCUCACCGCCUCGAACGGAAAAAAGGGAUUAACCAAGUUGGAUUUAAACAGUUUGCCAAACGGAGGAACCUGUCCAAGCGACUUUGGGGUUUCCAGACGUGUUACAAAACUGUUCUUCAAGCAUUCGGACCGUACACCUAGGAUGUCAAACGGAAUACGAACACAUUAUUUUUGUUUUGAUGAUGGACCACUGUCAACCAAACGAGUCUUAACAGUGUUUAUUCAAGACCAUCAAUGUGUAGCUUUAUCAACAAGUGGUGUUUUCCUUAUAAGACGAGGCCACUUUUUUGUCUUAAUGCGCAUGAUCUUCGAAGAUGUAUAGAAACUGAGUUGUAAAAUAUUUUAUCUUAACGAAUGGAGGACAGAUUGUAUAAACUUCUCGAUUAAAAAAGUAAGUUAUUGUUAUUUAUUGUCAGGACAACCGUCCGUACAAAAACUGAGAAAUUAUCUUAAUAAACGAACUUAAAUGCUGUUUAUGUCUGAGAAAACCUGCAUGCAAAGAUAACUAUAUCGUGUUACCUUUACAUAUCUUUUUCUAUAUUAUAACAAGAUGAGAUACAUUUCAGUUUCAAUACAUAUAGGCCUGAGAAUAAUUGUCCAAGGAGCUGGCAAAGACAUCACGAGCAACGUGAACAGAAUUAAAUAGUGA